GACGGGUGGUAUGGGAAAAGAAGCAGAUGGGUUUUUUAUACCAAGGGGCAAACCUAAUGUAAAUUCAAAUGGACGUGAAGGUCCAGAUUCUGUAUGUAGAGUUUUAAAUAUUUCUAUCGUUAUAAUUAAUCAAGUUCCUAAUACUGGUGAUUAUACGUCAUUAGCAUAA